GAAAUAAAACGCCACCCAGCUACUCUCGCUCUCAUUUCUGUGAGUACAACAACUGGUGAACAGCUGAAGUCCUCGAACAGAGUCAGAUUAGAAAGUCGAAGCUAAAGUCUCUGGACAGAUCAAAGUCGUCCGUUUGGGGAACCUUUGGUGAAAGUGCUAAAACAACUGUGCGCAAUUACGCAUAAAAACAAUGAGUGUCACAGCAGCAAUGGAAGUGAACGCCGAAGCCAGACGGAUACUGGCCGUGUCGAUAAGUAAGCUGUACGCCUCCAGGAGCCAGAGAGGGGGGCUAAGACUCCACCGGAGCCUCCUGCUCUCCUUGGUCAUGAGGUCUGCCCGGGACAUAUACACUCCUAAGCCGUUCCCAGAGGAGUCGGACAGUGACGAGGAAGGGUGUGAUAAUGAAAUAACCGAGGACAAAGAGAACUUGAGCCCGGCGAGGCAGUCCAGGAAACGCCGGGGCAAGGCGUCGGUGGCGCCUGACUUCCUUCCUAUCAAGAGGGCGAGGCUGGAGUCCGGGGAGGACAGGUAUGCGGCCCCGCUAAGCAGCUGUCGCGCAGGGGAGUCUCUGGCCGCUUUGUCUCUAAAUCGGGUUAUUCCUGCCUUCUGAACAGAUGGAGGGAGAAAAUAGCCUCCAAUGGGACUUUUGGAGUGGAGUGAUUCUGAACUCCUCGUUAAACUCCAAGGGCGAUUUGACGCACUAAGGAGCUGACCCACAUCAGCGGUCCCGGGACAGAGGGAUUACCUCUCCGGUUGAGCCGAGAGUGCCUGCCGGGCCGGCAAAGCCCCUCAGCAAGCAGAGAAGGAGAAAUACCAGAGAACAGAGGGGAGCUACAGACCGGAAAGUUUGGGGAAGAAACGAAAGAGGAACUGGCUAUUUUGCUGUCGUUUCUCAGCGAUUCACCUAAAUGAGUCCAAACAAGUGACUGCUGCUGACUCAAAGUGUGUGUAU